AUGAAGGACCAGCCACGCGUUGUUAAAGAUGCUGAAGAUGAGGUGGAAAUUCUCUCUCAGCUGAACAAUGAAAACCCAGACGAAUUUAACGUUGUGAAAUACUAUGAGUAUUUCCAGCACAACGAUAACAUCUGCCUUGUGUUUGAGAUGUUAGAGAUCAGCCUAUACGACUUUAUGAAGAAACGCAACAAUAGGCCACUUCCUGUGAAACACAUACGCCCUAUUGUGCAGCAGGUGGGCAAUGCAUUGGCUAAGCUAAAGAGUAUACAAAUAAUUCACACAGACUUGAAGCCAGAGAAUAUCAUGCUGGUAAACACUUCCAAGUACCCAUUCAAGAUCAAGGUCAUAGACUUUGGUUGUGCCAUCCAUACAUCCAAGGUUCGAGUUUCAAGUUACGUACAAACAAGAUACUAUAGGUAAGGGACAUUUAUAAGUCAUAAUUCACAUUUCAAAUAAAGUAUAGAUAUCCUUUACAUUUAUGAAAUGAGUAUAAAGAAUAAUGUUAACUAGGUCUGGUUAAUUAUUUUGUUAAUUUUUUUUAUUGAAUAUUAGGGGAUAUUAGUGAUAUUUAUGGCGUCUGAUGGAGUGUAGCAGUCAGCUAGCUCUACACAUGCACACAGGGCUCUUAAGGUGGACAUUGAUUGAUCAGAAUUUGCCCAUGUGACAACACCCCAGAUACUCUAACAAAGCUCUCCGAGAGAGAAGGGAAGUCGACAAAAUAUUCCCCCUUUCUUCUUCUUCAAAGCUUUGCAUGUCACACUGUCAGAAGACAUGUCACAGAUAUAUUCUUUGUAGAAAAGAUUACAAAAUAUAGGUUCAUGGGAUCUCUGCCGAAAUUCUCAUAUUGCACAGAGUGAUAUAAAGGGCUUUGAGAAGCUGGGUAAAUCUGUGGAAUAUGAUAGAAUAUCAAUUACAUUGCAAAGCAAGAUUUAGGCAGUAUUCCUCUAUUAUUCUCAUUUUAUAAAAACUGAUCACCAUUAAAGUAAUUGGAAAUGGCUGCAGACUGUCCAUGGUCUCUCAAUAAGCUAGGGGAACUGGGAGUUGGGUUUUGCCGAGCGCUCUGUUAGCUGAUAUGUACUUGUGCUGAGUGUUUUAGGAUUCGGGGUAAAACACUUCCACUGAUAACUCUCAGGCAGCCAAAUGAAGCAGAGCCAAGAUUAAAUUAAUAGAAAUAGUGACUAUUUCAGUGACUUACAUCUAAUUUAAGUGAUUAAAGCACUAAAAUUUAAAUUAUUUAUCUAACCUUCUGACUUCUCUCCUUUUAAUAAAAUUCAGGUCCCCAGAAAUAUUAUUGGCAUUACCGUUCUGGGAGGCUAUCGACAUGUGGUCUGUGGGGUGUAUCAUGGCAGAGCUAUUCACAGGAUACCCAUUGUAUCCUGGAGCAUCGGCGUAUGAUCAGGUGAGUUCAAAUCUAAUAGAUAUCUAUGUCUAAUUAUAUAUUAAGGUCUCAGUCAGGAAUCCAGAACUGAUUUACAUAGAAAGGUAUAACAUAGCUGUUUUAUUUGCUUAUACACACUGGAGUCAAAGUGCAAAGUUAAAAUUAUAAAUUCUGUUUAAAGGAUCACUACAGUGUCAGGAAAACAAACUCGUUUUCCUGGCACUAAAUAGUCCUUAGGUCCCCCCCACCUUCAGGGCCCCCCUCCCGCUGGGCUGAAGGGGUUAAAACCCCUUCAGCCAAUUACCUUUAUCCAGUGCCGGGCUCUCUCGGCCCUGGUGACCUCUCCCCCCCCUCCGACGUCAGCUUCUGAGUGGAGCUGAAUGUCCGUGCGCAGCCAGAGCCACGCGCGCAUUAAAAACGCCCAUAGGAAAGCAUUUCUCAAUGCUUUCCUAUGGAUGUUCUCAAAAUCGCAUUGAGCAUCGGGGAAGCGCCUCUAGUGGCUGACAGGAAGACAGCCACAAGAGGCUGGAUCAACCCUGGAAUGUAAACAUAGAAGUUUCUCUGAAACUGCUAUGUAUACAUCUGAAGGGUUAAAACCUGGGAGACCUGGCACCCAGACCACUUAAUUAAGCUGAAGUGGUCUGGGUGACUAUAGUGGUCCUUUAAACCUAGUGAGAACUAUUCACUAAACAAAGAAUUGUUGUGAAUCAAAGAUAGAAAUUUGAAAAACGUAGGCAAAAGUGCAAAUAUGGAAGAGCUCUUCAACCCAACUGCUGUCAUACCUAUUAGCCUGAAGUUUGGGAUACGGUUAUUAACUCAAUGCAAUCCAUUGUUUAGUAAAUGAACGCCUUAAGGACGGAGGCAAUUUGACUAUAUGGAAUAUGAAUUUGACUAUAUGGAAUUUGAAUUUGACUAUAUGUCUGUUCAACCAUAAAUUACCUCUUCCAUAAAAAGGUAUCAACCAUAAAUUACCUCUUCCAUAUGAAGGGCCCCUACACUUAUUAUAUAUCAUUUUGUUCAGGAGAAACAGUGCUCUCAUGUUACAUCAUAUAUUCAUAUAUGAAACACAUUUUUAAAGCAUGCACAUUAGCAUACCUUUAUUUUGUAGUUUAGGUAACUUUCUAUAGACACAUAUAGCUGUAUAAUUAAUGUAUCUAUUAAAUCCAAACAGUUUCAUUAUAAGAAGUAAUUGUACUCCAACUUUUAAAUUUGAUCAUAUUUGUAUUUGAACCAGUUUUAAAUAAAAUAAAGAAUGAGUAUCCCUGUGGCAAAAAUGUGUGCGGCAUUAGAAUGUGGAGACAAACAGAUUAGUUUAUAUAAAAGGGUCAAAGUGGGGUCAGCGCUAACGUGGCGCAUCCUUCCCUUUUACUUUGCUUUGUUUUAGAUUAGUUUAUAUGCUUAGUAUCACUGUUUGUAAAGUUAAAGGACCACUAUAGUGCCAGGAAAACAUACUAGUUUUCCUGGCACUAUAGUGCCCUGAGGGUGCCCCCAUCCUCAGGGUCCCUUUUCCGCAGGGCUCUAGGGGUAGGAAGGGAUUAAACGUACCUCUUUCUCCAGUGCCGGGCGGGGAGCUCUCCUCCUUCUCUCCGCCUCCUCUCCUCCUCUACGGCUGAAUGCGCACGCGCGGCAAGAGCUGCGCACGCAUUCAGCCAGUCUCAUAGGAAAGCAUUCACAAUGCUUUCCUAUGGACGCUGGCAUUAUCUCACUGUGAUUUUCACAGUGAGAAGCGCGGAUGCGCCUCUAGCGGCUGUCAAUGAGACAGCCACUAGAGGCUGGAUUAACGCUAAUAUAAACAUAGCAGUUUCUCUGAAACUGCUAUGUUUAUAGAAAAAAGGGUUAAUCCUGGCUGGACCAGGCACCCAGACCACUUCAUUAAGCUGAAGUGGUCCGGGUGCCUAUAGUGGUCCUUUAAGUAAUUUACAUAUUAUUUCACAAUGCUAGUUUACAUUCAUUUACUUGAUUUCUCAAGUAUAAGCGCAGAAAAUGUUAGUUGCUGAUAAAUUGUGGAAAUGCAGUAAAUCAGACAUAUUCAAAGCAGGUGAUUGUGGGUAAUGAUUGAUUACGGGUAUGUUUACAGUUUUAAUAGAAGCUGACGGUACUGGCAUGAAAGGUUGUGACUUCUUGUUUCCUUCCUGCAGAUCCGCUACAUCACGGAGACCCAGGGUUUGCCCCCUGAUAAAAUGCUCGAUUGGGGAGCAAACACCGAGCAUUACUUUAGAAUCAAUGGCGAAUGUGAGGAUUUAUUAUGGAGUUUAAAGGUGCGUCCUCAUAUAUCAACCAUAACCAUGUUUAUAUAAAAUAAAAUGAUAUGUAACUCCUUCAGGAUGUGGGGUUAAGCAAAUCCUAUGAUAUCAUGACAGUCCUAGUAAAUGACCUGCCAUGAACUGGUUAAAGCAACAUUUCGGGAUUUGUAUUUAAUUUAUUUUAUUAAGUCAGAUUAAGUUUUACACACUAACAUUCAGCAAUUUGGAAGUUCCGAUGUGAUAAAAUUUCAAUAAUAGUUCCUCCUUAAAAUGUUUUACCAAGUUCCCCCUUUCUCAGUCAUCUUUGCAGCCACUUCAUAAAUAAACUUUCACAACCACAUGGUAAAUAAAAAACUAAACUGUUUAGACUCAGUUAAAGCUGCUGGGUCAGGUAAUGGUAAGACGUGUUUAUCAGUUCCUUUCUAACACUAGCAGGAAAUUUACUGAGAUAUUGUAGAAUGCUACACUGAGUGAUGUUCUCAUUCCAGAACCUAAUGGACAAUCUUGUUUUUCCUCUUAUCUAGAGUAAAAUACACUAUGAAGAUGAGACUGGUAUUAGACCAAUGGAAAGAAGGAGAUAUGUCUUCGGCUCUCUUGAUGAUAUGAGGAAGGUACUGUAUUCCUGGGGCACUCACAUUAAUCCAAAAUCACAUGGCAUCUUUCUCUCACUUCUGUGGCUUAGGAGAAAAAAAAUACUUAAAGGAACACUAUAGGGUCAGGAACACAAACAUGUAUUCCUGACCCUAUAGUGUUACAACCGCCCCCUGGGCUCCUCUUGCCUCCCUAAAUAUAGUAAAAUCUUACUUGUAUUCAAGUAUGGAGCUGCUAGCUCUGCCCCUGUUUCCCUUUGAACUGCCUCUGCCUGCUGACAUCAUCAGAAGUGGUGGUCUGAGCCAGUCCCAAUGCUUCCCACUUAGGAUUGGCUGAGAAUGUGAAGGAGGCAGAUCGGGGGCAGAACCAGUACAAGUCAAAUUCAGACCUGGUAAAUCAGCAUCUCCUCAUAGAGAUGAAUUGAAUCAAUGCAUCUCUAUGAGAAAGGUUCAGUAUCUGCAUGCAGAGGGAGGAGACACUGAAUGUUGUGAUGCUUACUUUGCAGCACUCACCCAGGAAGCACCUCUGGCAGCCAUCUGAGGAGUGGCCAGUGAAGUUAUCACUAGGCUGUAAUGUAAACACUGCAUUUUCUCUGAAAAGACAAUGUUUACAACAACAAGCAUGAAGGGAAUGAUUCUACUCACCAAAACAAAUACAAUAAUCUGUAGUUGCUCUGGUGACUAUAGUGUAACUUUAAAAAUUGUCUGGUUGGUCAAGCACAGAAGAGGUGGUGGAGCAAUCUCUUUGUGCUGAACUUUGGAUGUGAGGAGCAACAGCUUGGGUGCAAAUAAAUUGUAUGUGCAUUGUUCGUACAGGAAGACCUUAAACAUUUUGUCCCUCUACAUAAACACUUUUUUUCAUUUUGUUGUAACGUAUGUGUUCCAUUAUCCAUUUUUAAUAUGUAUUUUUUUUACAUGUAGCAUUUUAAAAAGUAUAUAUAUUAUGAAAGUAUAAAACAGGAACCUAUUUCUUGAUUUUCGCACCCCUGCCUUAUUCUUGUUACAAGAAUCUGACGAUCUGCCUAGAACCCCUACUAGUGUCGUCAGUAACAUUGUAGCUAUUUAGUCCAGAGCCUACCAAACCCAGUUGGGAGGUUGGUAGGGAGUACUGAAAAGCAGCCAAAUCCCUUACUGAAGUUACUGAAUGAUGUUGGCCCUGUGACACUAAAAAAACACAUAUUGCUUUGUAUAUUUUUUCAUGAAUGCUAACCUCACUAAAACAAAUGUCCUUCUUAUUAAAUGUUUCUUUCUCUUCAGAUAAUUUUACCAUCAAAGUUGGAGGGCAGUGACACACUGGUGGAGAUGGCAGAUGUAUGGCAGUUUCUUGAUCUGCUGAAGGAAAUGCUUACUAUGGACCCAGACAAGAGGAUAACUCCCAUAGGCCUUCUCAGCCAUCCCUUCAUCACCAUGGUUCAUCUCCAGCACUUUACACGGAGUUCAUAGUACGUGAUUUUCCUUGUGCACUGGGAAGGUUGCUUGGAAAUGGUGGGAAAAUUGGUAUCAAUGUGGAUGUAGGAGAAUCAAUCGGAUUCAUAAAUAAUAUAGGAAGCUUAAUAUAUCUACUAUAUCUACUAGAAUAUGUAGAAUUAUAUAAAUUGUAUGAGUAACCUCCAGCACUCUAGCCUUUUGCUGCCUCUCGUGAUGGUUCAUAGUAAACGGAACCCUUUAGGCAUAAUGUUCUGGCGCCCCCUCUAUUAUAAUACGUCAAAAAGCUGACCACCUCCUCUGCAGCCAUGAGAGGUGAAAGUUUAGCUCAGAGAGAGAGAGAGCUUCCUGCUCUGUGAAGGGUGUAGUGGAGGCAGGGAGCAGUGAAGUCACACUGUCCUAAAAAGGUUUGAUCACUUACAUUGAAGGGUGUCAGGGCAAUCCAAGUACAAUAAGACUGCAGUGCACUGAUUGGUUAGGGUGCCUGGAGCUUUCCUAGAAAGAAUAUUGUGAGAGUAUUUUUAACUUUAACAGCAGCUAAAAUGAUGUUUCAUUCAGGUCUGGGGAAGGAACGUUUUAUUUAACGAGUCGUCAUUUGUGUUUUCUUGCUCAUAUAAUUCCCUGUUUAUUCAAUUAUUUUAUUACUUUUUUGUCUAUUACUUAUCAUUUGUUUUCAUUUUUCCAUAACUUUUUACUCGUUAAUUUCUUCAAAAUGUUUAUCACUUCCUUGUUUUCCGUUACAUUCUUCCUUUUUAUAUAAUUUAAUCUCACUCUUUUUGUCUCUCUUUUCCCAGUGUAAAUCCUUGCUUCCAGGCCAUGAAGAUCAACGAAGAACAGGUGAGUAUAGCGAUAGUCCUCCUUAGGAUCCCACUAAAAACCGGAGGGGAACUGUUAGGGGUGUCCAGUAGAUAGUAAUGUGCAGCUGAAGAUGUAAUGGUUUCUCCAGCUUGUGGGAUGGGGAUCAUUAUUCAUAACUCUAAUUAUAACGUGAACACAGACAUAGAACAGGUAAAGGUAUGAUAUUCUAUUUUACUAAAUACACUCUUAGUAUUCAUAAGAAAAAUGUCAAUUUAAUUUGUGUUAACGCAGAGCAGCAAAUUCCGGGAUUUAUUUUCUCUCUUUAUGCUAUCAUACAACAGGAGGUAUGUCCCGAGCCUCCAGAAAUGGAGACUGAGUCACCAAAUGAAGAGGACAAGAAGGAACAGCUGAUAGAAGAAGAUUCUGGGAAGGAAGAAGAGAAGAAAAAGAAUGAACGCAACAAGAGACUUCUGGAACUUGUGAGUGCUUCCAUGGGUGUAACUGGGUGCAAGAAUCAAAGAAUCUCAGUCUUCCCUAAGCAAUGCAUCUGAGUGAGAUGAUGGGAUGAGUCUGACUGUGUGUUUAAUUGGAUGAUUGUAUGUAACCUUAAAGGGAUACUCUGGGUACCAUUACAACUUCAUCAAUUGAAGUUGUUAUGGUGCCAGGAAGUCCUAUGUGCCUCCCUAUCAUAAAGGGUUAAACCGUAUAUUACUAUGAAAGUUGAUACAUGACAUUGUCCAAGGGAUACAUUAAUGAAUAAAUUCUGAUUUAGUUUUUCUUUUGAUUUGUAGCAUGCAAAUUCUAUCGCACUUGCAAACCAAAUGGACUUAACAAAGGAAAUAUCGAGCCAAACUGAGGCUGAGCCCCUGGGAGCAUGUGAGAGUUCCCCAUCUGCACAGAUCGAGAUUCAAGACCAGGUAAGGAUGUACGCAGUAUGGCAGAUUUGUCCUUAAAGUUUUGGGUCACUAGAUAUUGACUAGAGGUAGAGACUUUACUAGAGAAAUAUCUCUGAACUUUCUUAUACACAGGAAAGAAAGAUGACAAUACUCUCUACAUUACCGAAAGGAAGAGCUUAGAACUAUACUUAAUGCUAUGGUUCUAAGGAUAAAUUACUUAUUCAGAACAAAUUGCUUAUUCUGCUUACAGUUUGAUAAUUGUAGUACUGCGUGUGUGUGAUUUAUCACCUUCCCAUGUGUGUUACUGUGAUACACUAUACACCAGUGGGAGGCAAACUUUGGCAGUCCAGAUGUUCUGAACUACAUCUCCCCUGAUGCUUUGCCAGAAUUAUGGCUGUCAGAGCAUUUUGGGAGAUGGUUGUUUAACCCUGCUAUACUCACUCUAAUCUCAUGGCACAUAGCACAGCAUAGCACAUUGUGUUGACUUGUUAUAUCCUGUGUGCUUUCUAUUUUAUUUCUCAAAGAACAGGUGAGUAUAGCGAUAGUCCUCCUUAUGAUCCCAUUAAAAACCAGAGGGGAACUGUUAGGGGUGUCCAGUGGACAGUAAUGUGCAGCUGAAGAUGUAAUGGUUUCUCCAGCUUGUGGGAUGGGGAUCAUUAUUCAUAACUCUAAUUAUAACGUGAACACAGACAUAGAACAGGUAAAGGUAUGAUAUUCUAUUUUACUAAAUACACUCUUAGUAUUCAUAAGAAAAAUAUUAAUUUAAUUUGUGUUGACGCAGAGCAGCAAAUUCCGGGAUUUAUUUUCUCUCUUUAUGCUAUCACACAACAGGAGGUGUGUCCUGAGCCUCCAGAAAUGGAGGCAGAGUCACCGAAUGAAGAGGACAAGAAGGAACAGCUGAUAGAAGAAGCUUCUGGGAAGAAAGAAAAGAAAAAAAAGAAUGAACGCAACGUGAGACUUCUGGAACUUGUGAGUGCUUCCAUGAGUGUAACUGGGUGCAAGAAUCAAAGAAUCUCAGUCUUCCCUAAGCAAUGCAUCUGAGUGAGAUGAUGGGAUGAGUCUGACUGUGUGUUUAAUUGAGUGAUUGCAUGUAACCUUAAAGGGAUACUUUGGGUACCAUAACAACUUCAUCAAUUGAAGUUGUUAUGGUGCCAGGAAGUCCUAUGUGCCUCCCUAUGAUAAAGGGUUAAACCGUCUAUGAAGGGUUUAACCCUGUCUGCUCUGCACAGCGCCUUCAACCGAUUCUGCAUUAAAUCCAAAGGCCUCGGUCUUGGUACCACUGACUUGUUCCCUAUUCAUAAAACUGAGUGCAAAAUGUAAAUUUUAUGGAUGGGUUGUGUUUAUAAUCAGUGUGGUGUGAAUUCAGGGGUGUAUCAGUGUGAGGUGCCCAUAAAUGUCAAUGUAGGGUAUAUCUGGAAAGAUAUGUCAAUGUGUAUAUGGAAAAGCAAGGUGUGUUUGUGUGUCGGGUUUGUGUACAAUAUAAGUGUGUAUUUGUGUGUUUCUUUUUCUUUUUUUUUUUGCAUCUUCUUUCUUGAUCGGAGGAAUUCCAGGGCCCAGUCGCAAUUAUUUGUGCUGUUUUUAUUUUGUAUCUCUGUGUAUAAAAUAUCAUUCAUAGUGUCACACAUAUUACUAUGAAAGUUGAUACAUGACAUUGUCCAAGGGAUACAUUAAUGAAUAAAUUCUGAUUUUGUUUUUCUUUUGAUUUGAAGCAUGGAAAUUCUAUCGCACUUGCAAACGAAAUGGGCUUAGCAAAGGAAAUAUUGAGCGAAACUGAGGCUGAGCCCCUGGGAGCAUGUGAGAGUUCCCCAUCAGCACAGAUCGGGAUCCAAGACCAGGUAAGGAUGUACUCAGUAUGGCAGAUUAGUCCUUAAGGUUUUGGGUCACUAGAUAUUGACUAGAGGUAGAGACUUUAUUAGAGAAAUAUCUCUGAACUUUCCUAUACACAAGAAAGAAAGAUGACAAUACUCUCUACAUUACCGAAAGGAAGAUCUUAGAACUAUAUUUAAUGCUGUGGUUCUAAGGAUAAAUUACGUAUUUAGAACAAAUUGCUUAUUCUGCUUACAGUUUGAUAAUUGUAGUACUGAGUGUGUGUGAUUUAUCACCUUCCCAUGUGUGUCACUGUGAUACACUAUACACCAGUGGGUGGCAAACUUUGAUGUUAUUCUUUUCUUUUCUUUUCAUGGCUAGCAUGCUCAAGAUGGACCUUUACUGGAAGAGUCAAGCGAAGCUCAAGAGAACUUUGAAGUACUACUUAUAGAGGAUGUAGUACCUGGAACCCAGGAAAGACCCGCUCAGUGUGGGAAGGAUACAUCAGAUGAGAACGAAAUCGAAAUCGAGUUUGAUGAAGGCGACAAAGAAGAGGAGGAGAAGAAAAAGAAAAAGAAGGGAUCCUGCAUGAGACGGUUGUUACGAGCCUUGUGCUGCUGCUUCCACAGAAAACCAAAGAAAUUGAAGGUGAACACACCCGAGACCUCAGAUGUCAUCAUAUAUCAAGUCCAUGGACUUUGCAAUUUGAGCAGUGAAAGCAGCACAGAUAGCUAA